CACAUCAACUAUAGUUUUACUCACAACAACGGUCAUCACGAAGCGGACACGAAUCAAGACCGCAACAACCGUAACAACUACAAUUCUCAACAAGGUCAAGGCUAUUCCUACACGAACGAGGUUCAAGAAGACUAUUAUUCUUCCUGUGAAGCCUACAACUAUGACAAUAACAAGAGCAAGUCGUCGUGCUCUUACAACAAUGAUGUACAUGUACAACAAGCCUAUAGUGAUUCAUCAAACAUAAAGAAUAUUCAUACUGGCAGCUCGUCGGGCGAGGUAGUGCAACGCUUGCGUUCGAAUGUUGAGCACCUUGUUGAGCAGUGUGACUCCUACCCUUAAGGGCUUCCGCUCAAGCAUCCUCGGCGUCAUCCGUGGCCCUUUUUCCACUUGAAAAAGGGGCCAACGAUGCACUCAGGGAUGGCAUCGCGAAGCUAGCUCUAAUACCCAGAACAUCAAAAUGUUGGAGAGAAGAGAAGCUUGCUAUUGGAGAGUCUAGCAGUGCUGUUUGAAAUGCGACCCCAUGUGAUGGAAGCUUUCUUGACUACGAUGCACCAUAAAAGUAGCACGCUGGAAGUAGAGCAGCAGAGGGAUCAAUCGAGCGACAAGAGCUACAAGGUGACAAGAACCGACAGCUUCUGCGAGGGCCACAACGCUGGAACCAGAAAGGUGGAAACGAGUGGUCGCACUACGAGAAGCAGUUGUCCGCAACAGCAGAAUGCUUCACCAUCUUCUCUUCAAAAAGAAUAUCUACUUUGUGGUGAUAUUACAACAAGUGUGCCUGCUAGAAGUGAUUACCAGUUGUACCAGCAGGAUUUUGAAAAUGCCAAAGUUAAACGUGCGGUCCC